AGCUCCAUUUCUCCACCCGGCUCAGGUGCGUUGUGAAGCUGCGUUCAGUCUCAGUCAAGAAUGUCUAACUGUCCUAAAGAGGAGGGAGCGAAGAGUGGAUUGGACCUGAACACCACUCAGAUGAAAACAGAAAGUCAUGGACACACCUUCAGAUUCCAAGACAAAUUCCGGAUAUAUUCAGUCCACUGUAAGAAGCCUAUGACUGUCCAGAAGAGUCUUCAAACAGACUCCUCAUUUAAAGCCAUCUGUGAGAUAAACCCGAAAAGAGGAAACAAGGAAGUGGUCAUCCUGAGACAGCAAAGGGUCAAAGCUGCUGUGACUCCAGACUUCCCCUGCUGUCUGCUCGACGACGACGAGCUUCUGGACAUCAAGUUCAUCAACUCGGAUGGAAACUGUCCCGAGGGGAGGAACCUCUCUGAUCACUCACCUGAAAAUUUGGUUAGUUUCUAUGUCAAGACAAGGGGUGAGGAAAACAUCCGUAAGCUGAUGAAAAACAAUGAAUUGAAAAAAAAUGUGGAUUACGUGUGUGUGUGUGCAGUGAAAGGGGAAACAGUGAAAGAUGCACUGGAGCAUGAUGGGAGAUUUAAGGAGGACAUUUUCAAGAAAGGCAUUCUCGCUGAAGAGUCGUCAAACACUUUCACCAGUCUGUCUAGUUUUGUUGAUGACCUGGAUGGAAAGUGGUUUGGGGUCACCGUCUCCCCUCAUUCAAUAGGCAGCCAGGAGUCGAGUCAAGAGUUGAGUCAGGAAUCUGAAACAGUGAAGAAUGAAAAAAAUGAAGUUCCUGUAACUCCUCAGGCAACAAACACCAACCAAGACUCCACCAAUGCUCAAAAGAAUAGAACAGAGACACCACUGAAAGAAAAGGAGCCUAGAAAAUACCCAGAAACAAAAGAGAUCCCAAACACACAGGAGAUCCUGACGCUUCUGCGAGAGCAGUAUGGGGGUUUGUUGAAGACACUGAAGGAACGAGAGAAGCUGAAAAAUAAUGUUGAAGUGAAGAGGUUCUUCAGACAGGAGUACGAUAAAAGUGCUCAGAGCUUUUCAGAAGUGAAGAGAGUGAAAGAGUUGACGGUGAAGUCUAACUCUGUUUGCCAGAUCCGCAGUGAUGGCUCUGCAAUAGGAACAGGAUUUCUGCUCUUUCACAGAUUUGUCCUCACCAAUGCACAUGUUGUUGGAGAAUAUGACUGUUUUAUACAAAAACCGCAACACAGACUAACAGCUGCAUUUGGAUUUGAAGAUUUGAACUCAGUGGGAGACGUGAUCCCAGUGGAGCAGGUUGUUGCUUACUUCUGGGGGAAAGAUGGCAUGGGGAACUGUCUGGAUUUUGCUUUGCUGGAACUCAGCAGGGAUGAAGUAAAACUUCCUGGAUUGCUAGAGUGCUAUAGUGCUUCACCCAGCAGGGGUGGUGUCUGCAUAAUUGGACACCCAGGGGAUGGAGUCAAACAAAUGGAUCCCUGUUUUAUGAUCUCAAAAGAUGGCAUUCAACAAGCAGCAGAAGAACACUAUCAAAAAAACCAAAGCCCUGAAGCCUUUCAUGUCAUAACAAAGCAGUGCUUGAAUGAGGACCCGGAAAAACGUAAAUCCCAGAUCUUUUACAAUUCCUGUUUCUUCCAUGGAUCAUCUGGCUCACCAGUGUUUGAUGACAAGUGCAAUGUGAUUGGGGUUCACACUGGUGGAUAUGUUUAUGAAGGAGAAGGACAGAAAACAAAGAGUGUGAUGGAAUACGCCCUGCCAAUGCUUCCCAUUCUGGUGAAGAUCUACAUACAGUGCAGACAGACUGGAAGAUCUGAUGUGGUUCAGUACAUGGAGUCCCAAAACUACAUGGAGUCCCAAAACAACAUGGAGUCCCAAAACAACAUGGAGUCCCAAAACUACAUGGAGUCCCAAAACAACAUGGAGUCCCAAAACUACAUGGAGUCCCAAAACAACAUGGAGUCCCAAAACUACAUGGAGUCCCAAAACUACAUGGAGUCCCAAAACAACAUGGAGUCCCAAAACUACAUGAAAUAUGUUCUUCAAGUGGCAAAUGAACAGCUACAGAAAAAUAAUCAGGCCGUCUAAUGACAUCAUUAAUCAUACUCAUGACAUCGGGUUCCAGAGCUUCCUUCUUCACCACCUCAAAGAAAAGUUCCUGAAUUUUAUCACUGUAUAAUACUGAAAAAUCAAACACUGAGAUGUUGUUCAGUACUGAGACUCCUGAAAUAUCAUAUGUGGGAUUUGAGCUUCAAAAGGAUGGAAUCAAGAGCAAGAAAUCCAGAUCAUUAAAUGAGUGAUUCAGUCACACGUUCUUCAACCUCCAGAAAUCAUGACUACAGUCGUCUAUUUAUCACCAGCUUGGACCGCCAUCAGCUUAAUUCUGUUUCACUGUGUUGUUUCACAUUGAGCUGCUUGUGUAUUUUCAUUUCCUGCUGUUCCUGAUGGGAGGCGCCUUGAUUUUCACAGUGUUGAAUUAGCAGCAGAUCCGCAGCGUAAUGUCCUGCACACACCACUGUACGACACACACCACUCGCAUCUCACAGAGCUGAAACUGUUUAAAACCAACACCCACCUGCUGAGUUUAAUACAGUUCAGACCUGCAUCUGCACAUGAUUCAGAAAAGCAUCAGGUGUGGGUGGGGCCAGGGAGUCAUUCCAGGAGGACAUGUGAUCUGUACCGUUAACUUUGCGGCUGUCGGGUGGGUGACAGACAGCAGAAGUGCUGAUGAUGGCACCGAUUUGUUCUUGAAUCAGUUUACUCGCCCAGUCUCACCAAAAAAUACCUUUCUAGCAGCUCCACUUAAAAAGAUCAAAAUCAGUGGACAUUUAAUAAAGCCUCCUGUGCACCUCUGCUCCUGUAGUAUAAUCUCCCUCAGACUGUAGCUCCUGAGCCCACAGCUUUCAUUCAGAAACAGAAAAAUACAUAACUGUGAUUUGUCUCCCAGCAAGCAGCUGGCAAACUCAGGCACAUGUUGGUGUGUGUGUGUGUGUGUGUGUGUGUGUGUGUGUGUGUGUGUGUGUCAAGUCAAGUUUAUUUGUAUCGCGCUUUUAACAAUAAACAUUGUCGCAAAGCAGCUUUACAGAAUUUGAACAACUUAAAACAUGAGCUAAUUUUAUCCCUAAUCUAUCCCCAAUGAGCAAGCCUGUGGCGACGGUGGCAAGGAAAAACUCCCUCAGACGACAUGAGGAAGAAACCUCAAGAGGAACCAGACUCAAAAGGGAACCCAUCCUCAUUUGGGCAACAACAGACAGCAUGACUAUAACAUUAACAGUUUUAACAUGAAGUCAGUUUCGUUGAUGUUAUAAACUCUUCAUUGAUGGAAACUUGAGUGCAAAACUGUUCAUGACAACUGCAGUCCUAAAGUUAGCAAGUCAACUGUAGUCCUCAGCCAUAAAAGCAUUACUGUAAGAGUCCAGAGCGUCCUCCAGGUGUGACUUUCAACUGUCCACAUGGGGCCGUCCUCCACAGGAGCGAUGCGAUGAGACUCCAACCAGACACAGGGCACCAGGAUGGAUCAGGCAGGUCCGAGGAGCAGAAGAGGUUCAGCAUCUCGAUCCCAGGACCGACAUGUAACUCAGAGGGACAGAUUUUUUUUUGGGGGGGGGGGCACACGGGUUGUUAGGUAUGCCCAUUGUCACCUGAAUAAGUAGGAAUAGUAUACAUUUUGCACUGAGCGCAAGCAGGGACUCCAACAAAACUACUGUGUACUGUGGUGCGAGACUAUUCAGUGCUUUAAAGGUCAAUAGUAGUAUUUUAUAAUCAAUACGAAAUUUGAUUGGGAGCCAAUGCAGUGUGGAUAAGACAGGGGUGAUGGGGUCAUAUUUUCUAGUUCGAGUAAGGACUCUUGCUGCUGCAUUUUGAACUAACAAAGGAAUGCAGGUGACAGACGUAUGGAAAAGCAUCAGAUAGUUUAAUGGCCAAAGCUAGCAGACAAAUGCAGAACGACAAGGAAAAGGCAGAGUCAAAACCCAGGCAGUGGUCAGGCGAGGCACAGACAGGACAUCAGAGGCAAAGACAAAAGAUCAACAAUCCACAGUACAGAUCGACUCAAAGGUCGGCAUCGUGGUGUAGUGGUUAGCGCUGUCGCCUCACAGCAAGAAGGUCCGGGUUCGAGCCCCGUGGCCGGCGAGGGCCUUUCUGUGUGGAGUUUGCAUGUUCUCCCCGUGUCCGCAUGGGUUUCCUCCGGGUGCUCCGGUUUCCCCCACAGUCCAAAGACAUGCAGGUUAGGUUAACUGGUGACUCUAAAUUGAGCGUAGGUGUGAAUGUGAGUGUGAAUGGUUGUCUGUGUCUAUGUGUCAGCCCUGUGAUGACCUGGCGACUUGUCCAGGGUGAACCCCGCCUUUCGCCCGUAGUCAGCUGGGAUAGGAUCCAGCUCACCUGCGACCCUGUAGAACAGGAUAAAGCGGCUACAGAUAAUGAGAUCGAUUCAAAACCAGAAUAUCAGCACGGUGAUGAAAAGGCUUGAUAAAGUCAUGUUAAAUCUCUCCAUUACACUGCUGUUUGUGUUUCUUUUCCUUCUUCACACAGGAAAUAAAACAUGUUUUGAUAUUAUAAUCUUUUCUCUUGAGUAACUUGACUUUACAUGACUUUUGCAGAGUUUUGUGUGACUGCAGCAGAUGGAAAUAGGUUCAUUCACAUUUUCUUCCACUAGUGGUGGCGAGAGGGUCAGAAUUUAAUAUUUAAUGAAUGUUAAUGAUUGAUUUUAAUGUUUAUCUCUAGCUUCAUUAUCCUCCAUAAGGCUUCAGUGUUUAUGGCUCAUAUCAGUGUACACAGAAUACUGAAAAUAAAAUAAAAUUGGAAAUUGUUA